AUGAUAUCUAAGUACUAUGCGAUAAUUCUGGAUUUUACUCCAGAUGUUUCUAACCAAGAGCAGUUAACUUUCAUUUUGCGUUUUGUUGAAUGUGAUACAGGUAAUGAAGUCACAAUAAAGGAAGCUUUUUUUGGAUACCUUCAAGUUAGUGACAGCUCAGGAAAAGGGCUUUUUGACACAUUUUUAGAGCGAGCAAAGGAGUUAAAACUGAAUAUGUUAGACUGUCGGGACCAGUCGUAUGAUAAUGGUUUUAAUAUGAAAGAGAAGAAUUCUGGUGUUCAGUCACGAAUUCUACAAACAAAUCCGAAAGCUCUGUAUGUGCCUUGUGCUAAUCACUGCUUGAAUUUAGUUGUGGUUGACAGUGCCAAGUCGUCAACUAGGGCUUUAUCAUUCUUUGGUGUUCUGUCCAGAUUGUACACCAUAUUUUCAUCAUCCACACAGCGCUGGAGCAUUUUGAAAGAACAUGUGGAGAUUGCUGUUAAAAAUCAAUCGGACACUCAAUGGGAAAGUCGAAUUAACUGUAUUAAACCUCUGCGGUAUUAUUUUGGCAAUGUUUUGAUUGCACUGGAAAAACUGAAGGAGUAUGCAAUAGAAAAAAAAGAUGGAAAAACAGCUACGGAGGCUCGGUCAUUGGUAACAUAUAUUUCAGACUGGGCAUUUCUUUUGUCUAUUGUUAUCUGGUAUAACAUUUUAUUCCAAGUAAAUAAAACAAGCAAGCUCAUUCAAUCCUUUGGUAUUUCUCUAGAUGUUAUGGAAAAUGAAAUCAGAGCAACUGAGGCAUUUUUAGAGAAGUAUCGAGAAAAUAGAUUCUCAAGUGCUGAGACCACAGCCCGUGAAAUUGCAGAAGAACUAAAUAUUCCAAGAAAUUUUCCAUCAAUUUGCAACAAUAGGAAGAAAAAAUUGUUUGAUUAUGAAAGAGACGACGAAAGCGGUAGUCAAACGCCCCAAUCACAGUUCAAAACUGACUUUUUUUUUGUGCUUGUGGACCAAGCUUUACAAUCUGUACGGGAGCGUUUCCAACAAACACAUAAUGUGGCUGCUGUAUUUUCAUUUCUGUUCAAUCAGAAAAGUCUUUUUCAAGCAUACAAAGACAACACCCUUUUGCUGAAGUGCCAGAAUUUUCACAAUAAAAUGGGUGAUAUAGAUCCGUUUGAUCCGUUUGAAAUGGAGAUGGAAUUAAAGCGAUUUAUUCAUCUAGUUUUAGAAAACUAUGAAAAGCUAAAAACUACAAUACAUUUUCUGAAUUAUAUCAACAGCAAAUGUCUCCAGGAGGUGUAUCCUAAUGUCGCCAUCGCACUCCGUGUUUUAUUGACUUGCCCUGUGACAGCAGCAACUGCUGAAAGAAGCUUCAGUAAAUUAAAACUUAUCAAAAAUUUCCAUUGCUCAACAAUGACGCAAGAUCGGCUGUCUUCUCUAGCCAUGCUCUCAAUUGAAAGUGACUGUGCCCGGAAGAUAAACUGUGACCACCUUAUUGAGGUCUUUGCAGACUCAAAAGUUCGUCGAAAGCAUUUAGUUGAGCCUCAUUGA